GGACUUGUCUGUUGAGGUCUUGCUUGCAGAUGUUCUUCCCUUCUGAUGUCUUAUGAGAUUUGUUUCCCCUAAUGUUGAGAGGUUUUGGGUGUGACUGAAUAAUUAAGCAUCCUGUCUUGAUACAUUUAACAUGAUUCAACGAAAGUUGGGGCUAUAUCAAUGUGGCACAGGCGUUUUGUAGUUCAGAAUUUCCACACCUCAAUGCUUUUUCUGCCUCUCCCGAGAGGAUGUUGGGUAGGCAGCACACAUGGUGUAGAAAUGGAACCAUCUGUUCUGUGGGUCCACCCUACCCCCCUUCUGAAACGCAUGGGCUCUGCAAACACCUCCCCUCACAAGACCUCCAAUAAAACAACCCUCAGAACUCCACUCUUCCCAUUUCUGACGCAAACUCUCAAGCACAUGUGGACAUUUCUUACUCUGGGCAGUUGGCAUGGAGGCCCAUGAUCAAGUAGGAGUGGAAUGCCAGCAACAGGGCUGGAAACUCUGUGAUUGAAGCCACACUGGAGACUUGGGCUCAAGGCCUCCACCUUUGUGAAAUAAUUGGACCAAGAGGAUCAUCAGAUUUUCUACUCAUUAUGUUAGUGUGAAAAAAACAAAAACAAGAACCUGAGGAAUAGGAGCUAUUAUAGGAUUUUCCCAUCAGCCCUUGUACUUCAACCAAGACCAUGUACUGGGAAUUGUGGCUCAGUCAGGUGACCAGGAGCGGCAAACAUUGCAUGCUGGUUAGGAACAAAGAGGCCCUGCACAGGCCGUUCGGACUGGACUCGUCUGCGCUGACGGAAGCUGUGCGUUGGAGCUCAAAGGAGAAUCUGCUAGGUGCAGCUGAGAGUGACCCAAACCUCUUUGUUGCGCUUUACGACUUUGUUGCCAGUGGCGACAACACGCUGAGCAUCACAAAAGGAGAAAAGCUGCGAGUGCUGGGCUACAAUCAGAAUGGAGAGUGGAGUGAAGUGCGUUCAAAGAACGGUCAGGGUUGGGUACCCAGUAAUUAUAUCACCCCUGUGAACAGUCUAGAGAAGCACAGCUGGUAUCACGGGCCUGUGUCCCGCAGCGCCGCAGAGUACCUGCUCAGUAGCCUGAUCAACGGCAGCUUUCUGGUUAGGGAGAGCGAGAGCAGCCCUGGCCAGCUCUCUAUUUCAUUGCGCUACGAGGGACGGGUCUAUCACUACAGGAUCAACACCGCCUCUGACGGAAAGGUUUAUGUAACAGCCGAGAGUCGUUUUAGCACGUUAGCUGAGCUGGUUCAUCAUCACUCCACAGUGGCAGAUGGCCUCGUAACCACACUACACUACCCUGCCCCAAAAUGCAAUAAGCCCACAGUCUACGGUGUCUCUCCCAUCCACGACAAGUGGGAGAUGGAACGCACCGACAUCACCAUGAAGCACAAGCUUGGAGGAGGCCAGUACGGAGAGGUGUAUGUGGGAGUUUGGAAGAAGUACAACCUCACUGUCGCCGUCAAAACACUAAAGGAGGACACUAUGGAGGUCGAGGAGUUUCUGAAAGAAGCUGCAGUCAUGAAGGAGGUGAAACAUCCCAAUCUAGUACAGUUACUUGGUGUUUGUACGUUAGAGCCUCCAUUCUAUAUAGUGACCGAGUACAUGCCACACGGUAACUUGCUGGACUACCUGCGUGAGUGUGAUAGGGAGCAGGUGAAUGCUGUGGUGCUGCUCUACAUGGCCACUCAGAUCUCAUCCGCCAUGGAGUAUUUAGAAAAGAAGAACUUCAUCCACAGGGACUUGGCUGCUCGAAACUGCCUGGUUGGGGAGAAUCACGUGGUGAAGGUGGCUGAUUUCGGACUGAGCCGCCUGAUGACCGGUGACACAUACACUGCUCACGCAGGAGCCAAGUUCCCCAUCAAAUGGACAGCACCAGAAAGUUUGGCCUACAACACCUUCUCCAUCAAAUCAGAUGUGUGGGCAUUUGGAGUGUUACUUUGGGAGAUUGCGACAUAUGGCAUGUCUCCAUACCCAGGGAUUGACCUCUCUCAGGUGUACGACCUGCUGGAGAAGGGCUACCGCAUGGAGCAGCCCGAGGGCUGUCCACCUAAAGUCUACGAGCUGAUGAGAGCCUGUUGGCAGUGGAGUCCACUGGACAGACCUUCAUUUGCUGAGAUUCACCAAGCCUUUGAGACCAUGUUCCAUGACUCUAGCAUCUCAGAAGAGGUAGCAGAAGAGUUGUGUAAAACUGCUUCUGGUGGACAUGUGCACACCUUUGGUCAUGAUAUGCCACUCUUGCCUUCAAAGUCUCGUGGGCAGAAGAAAUACUCUGAGAACAAAGAAAAUAUGGAGGAGGCAGGACCCCACGGCCCUGCAGGUUUUGCAGCCUCACUUUUUGCUGGUGAUGGGCGUUCCAGCAGCUCUCCGGCCUUGCCACGCAAACAGAGGGAUAAAUCUCCCUCUAUUCUGCUCGAGGACUCCAAAGACACCACCUUCAACCGUGACCGCAAAACUGGCUUCUUCAGUUCUUUCAUAAAGAAGAAGUCCUCUUCCUCCACUUCCUCCUCACAAAAUCUCCCAAUGCCUCCCAAAAGGAGCAGUUCUUUCAGAGAGAUGGAGACCCAGCCUCAUAAAAAGUAUGAGCCCACAGCAGGGUUUGGGGGCCCUCCUCCUUUGCCCCAGUCUGAUGGGUUGAGUUUUUCUCCAUCUCAUGGAGAAGGCAACCAUGUGCAAUCCCGCUGUUGUGGAGCUACAUUUGGGCAGAAGCCCUCAAACUCUGUAGCAACCUCUAGUCAGGUAGGAGGAAGUAGUAGCUGGGGAAGCCUAGCAGGCUUCUUCACUCCUCGCCUUAUCAAAAAGACUCUAGGAUUGCGGACUGGUAAGCCUUCUGGGAUAGAUGAAGGGGGAGGAACCAAGCCUUUCCCACGUUCCAAUUCCACUUCCUCUAUGUCUGCUGGGUUGCCAGACUUAGAGCGCAUGGCUUUGACAUUACCAAGAAACCGUAGCAAACCCCCACUAGAACGCACAGCUUCCACCACUUCACAGCCCGAGAAUGGGGCACCACAUCCUUCAGAUGCAAUCCUGAGGAAAUUUGAUGAAGGUACGGCUCAGAUACGGGAUCGUCCCAAAGCCAAGCUCUUGCCACGAGGGGUGGCAAGUGGGGCAGGUGGAGUGAGAGCUCCAGGGGUAGGGGGAGAGGCCGAUUCAGACUCCAACCCACGGGGAAAAGACGGUCAUGAAGACAGACAAGGCUGGUCAUCUCCAUCAAAGACCUCCACUCUUGGGUUGGUCAAUCUGCACAAUCACAAAGUUCCAGUGCUGAUCUCCCCUACCCUAAAGCACAGCUCAGCCGACGCACAUCUAGUCGGCAUGGACUCUCAGGGCAACCGUUUCAAACUGCUGUCAGACAGCGAUCGUGACCGGCCACGACUUGUGAAGCCCAAAUGUGCACCCCCACCCCCGCCCAUGCUCCGCUCCCUCCAACAUGCCUACAGUGCUGAUGCAGCCGACGAAGCAGCCAGUGGCAACGUAGAGGUCAAUGGAGAUGGGAUCAAAAGAUCAGGGAGAGAAGCAAGAGGGGCACGUCCAUCAAUACCACCACCACAAGUGCCUCCAGUCCCCUAUAGUAACAACAUCACCCAGACUAAGAUGGCCAAUGGUGCUUCCAGUGGACCUGGCCCCACUUCCACCAAACCUACCUUUAGACGGACUCGACAGCAAGCAGAACGGAUCCCAUUGGAGAAGAUUAGCAAGGAAGCUCUUUUGGAAUGUGCUGAAUGCUUGAGUUGUGUCCUUCAAGGCAGCACUGAGGUUUCAUCCAACAGCCAGGUCUUGGAAGUGGGACACCAGCUUUUGGACUACUGCUCUGGAUAUGUUGACUGCAUCCCACAAACACGUAAUAAGUUUGCCUUUCGUGAGGCAGUGGGGAAACUGGAGUUGGGUCUACAGGAGCUUCGUGCAUCCUCUACAGGUGGGGGUGGGGGAGGGGGACUAGGGGGACCUGGGACCAGCCCUGCCCUUGACAACUUGCACACCUGCAUUAAAGAGAUUAGUGAUGUGGUGCAAAGGUAGCCACUGGGUCCAUCUGUUGCUACACCCUCCAAAAAUCCUCCUCCUCCACCUCUUGAGACUUCCCCAAACCAAUCUAGUUUUAUUUAAAUGUUGGGGGACAGAGAAGAUUCUCUCAGAAGUACCUCAGAAAUUACUACAAACACACUCUCUUUCUCUCUUUUUAUUGUUUACAGGUGACUUUCUUCUUGAAAUUGCCAGUUGGGAACAGAGUCUAUACUUUGUAUAUAAGCUUUAUGUCAAUACCAAAAUACACAGUUUCGUUUUUAGCCAAUGUACUUUGUAAUUUUAACAGUUUUAUCUUGGUUUGACAAAAUACAUUUUCACAAAUAGAUUGCACAGGUUAUGGUGAGCCUAAAUUUGACUGACAGCAGACUAACUGUUCCAGCUUUCAGAGAAAACAUUUGAAGAUUGCCAUCCACUGUUCAGGAUACACAUUUUGCAUCUGAUCUACAAUAACUGGAUAUUGUGUCAUUACAAAAAUAAGAAUGCCUACCAGUUAAGACAUUAAUUGAAUUUGCUUUAGGGUAAACCAUACUGCCUGUUCAGAGCAAACAGUAUCAACGAUUGUGGAACACAUUUAGCUCUGUGCACAUUUGUUUGGUUUCAUGUUACACACUACUCUGUAAGUGGCACCACAUCCCAUACUGUAAUUUUAAUUUGACCACAUUUAUAAACACUACAGCAUUUAAUGAGCAUUGAUGGUUUAGUAGAUCUUUCUGUAAUUAGUCUUUGCAUUUAUUGUCAUUAGUAGUGGUUUGCUGAGUUUGAGCAAAUUAUUGAGUUGGUGUUGGGUCAGCCACCACAUGGAUCAUAUUUGGGCUUAUAUAUCCUAUAUGGCCUUUAUAUAAUGCCCCCAACAACCAGGUGGCAGAAAUCUACUCUCUGAUUGUUGUACACUUCAGAAUUCUCAAGCCUUUGUGUAUUAUCAGUUUUUAAGGGAUCGUUCCCACAAAAAUGGAAAUUCUGUCAUCAUAUGGUUUCAAACCUGUAUGACUUUCUUUUGCGGAAUGCAAAAGAUGUUAGCCAGAAUGUUAGGGAUUGACAGCCUCAGUAACCAUUACAUUUUAUUGCAUCUUUUUUUUUUUUUUUUUUCUUCACACAAUGAAAGUAAAUGGUGACUGAGACUCCUGCCUAACAUCUUGUUUUCUGUUCCAUUGAAUAAAGAAAGUCAUACAGGUUUGGAAUGAUGUGAAGGUAAAUGACAAUAAAAUGUAAAUUUUUUGUUGAACUAACCCUUUAAGAAUUCUUAAUUUAGAAGAGAUGAAUUUUUGAUAAGAUGUUGUAAAACAUGGAAACCGCAAGACUACUAAUACAAUAUUGCCAAGUCUUUUAAAACAAACUGCAUUUUUUUUUUUUUUAGCACAUUGAUUUGUAACAUUUGUUUUAACUUUAGAUUGUCUCCAUUUGUAAACUUGAAUUUUAAAUUAUUUUCUAUUAAAAGCACAGGCAUUUUUAUGAUAUUGUAGAUAUUGCAUAUUAUUUUAUACCCACAAAAGAUGUGGAAGGUCAAGCUCAUUUAUGUCUUGUAAAAGACAGUGGUUAGUGGAAUUAUAUGUUUGUCCUUGUGGUGAAUUGCAGAAUUGGUGCGAGGGUCUCCGUUUGUGCAUCUACAUUAUGAAUGUAUUCAUUUGUCAAAAUCAGGAAUGUUAUUUUAUUUUUUAUUUUUUGUGUAUGUUUUCCAGAAUCUCUUCUCACAACGUUCAGACUUUUCACUUAUUAAAGAAACCUUUUUUUUUUCAAGUCAAAAAAACAGUUACACAAUUUGUCUGGUUCUGUAGUCCUUAAAAACAAAUUUGAUUUCUAUUAGAAUUGGCAUAAAAGAGAUUUUUGUGGGUACCCUGCAAUGUCAUAAUUAAAUAUAAUUAAGAUGAUUUGAACCGAUUACACUGGAGCACAUUUUUAAAGCAUAAAGCUUAAUUGCCUUGCCUUAAUUCUAGUGUGUAAUAUGGAAAUCUUUGUUUUUGCCAUACAUCUCUGUAAUAUUUCAGUUCCACUACAGCAGGAAAACACCCCAUAGCACCAUAGUCUUUGUCAGUUCGAACAAGUCUGGCCAUUCUCUGAUGACCUCUCUCAUCAACAUGGCUUUUCAGAACUGCCGCUCACUGGUUUGAGUAUUUCUGUAACUGCUGAUCUUCUGGGAUUUUCACACACAACAGUCUCUAGAAUUUACUCAGAAUGGUGCCAAAAACAAAAAACAUCCAGUGAGCAGCAGUUCUGAAAAGCGAUGUUGAUGAGAGAGGUCAACAGAGAAUGCCCAGACUGGUUCGAACUGACAAAGACUAUGGUAACUCAGAUAACCGCUCUGUACAAUUGUGGUGAGAAGAAUAUCAUCUCAGAAUGCUGUUCUGAGAUGCGGGUUGGCGCUGUUUUGGAGGCACAAGGGGGACUUACACAAUAUUAGGCAGGUGGUUUUAAUCUUGUGGCUGAUAAUAUAUAUAUAUAUAUAUUUAUAUAUAGUAUAUAUUAGUUUAUUUAUAUAUAUAUAUAUAUAUAUAUAUAUAUAUAUAUAUAUAUAUAUAUAUAGUUCAGAAAGUGUUUUGCCACCCUAGACAACAGCUAGCUUAACCCUACACUAACUUAAUCUUUGUUUUGCCAUUUCAUCUGCCAUGGGCAAUGUUUUUCUCUAAUUACAUGGUGCCUUUUGUGAGAUUUAAUGUUUUGUGCACUGCUAAGUCAUGUUAAAGAUCUGUUGUAAAUAUGCUUUGCUCUCAGAUAUUGAAUAUCCAUUUUAAGGUGGCAAUAGGGAAUUUCAAGCCUUUAUUAUCGUUCGAGCUACCCUGUUCAGACAUCAGGGGUUAUUGUGAGGUGUCCAACUUGAAUAGAAAAAUGUGCAAUGAUCUGUCCUUUACUAAGAAAAAAACAGUACUUAAAGUCUGGAAAAUUUUUAAUGAAAGAGAUCAUCAAUUUGUUUUGAUUUGUCAUGAGUACACUCUUUCGAACACAUACAUGUCUGUCUAUUCCAUUUAUUAUUGUGUUUGAAAGUCAAUGUUUCAUUAUCAAUAAAUCAUGGGGAAAGUGUUAGUGUCAAAAAGUAUGUCUGUUUUUUUACGUUAGUUUUACAUAAUUGUCAGGGAGUGUUAAGUACAACAGCAAAGUGUUUUUCUUUCAUUGCAGAAUUUUUGUAAAAUAAAUCUAUUUGUUUUACUUUGGCCAAAAUCCACUUAAUAUCAUGCUUUUACUGCUAUUAUAGCCAGUGCUGCACUGUUGUCACCGCAGUUAAUUUUAUUAGUCUCUUAAUCCGGUCUUGUGCCCAGCUUUGCAUCUGCAUUGCCUAUGAACAACACAUAUUAUGAAGGUAAAUUCAUCCAAACCUCCUAUGACAGUUUGUACUUUAAAGGAAUGUUUGAUUGUAUCUUGUAGAAAUGUCAGUACAAGCCGAACAUUCAAAGAGAAUCACCCUGUCCUGUUUUGUAGGCUUUAUGUUUCACAAGGCCUCUGAGGUGCAAACCCAUUGUACUGAAUCACAGACAUAUCCUUUACAAUUCAUUACUAUUCAGUUUCAUUGCGAUUACCCAAAUGUGUGCUUUUCUUUCUUUUACACUUUUAUUUAUUUUUGGUUUAUUUAUUGGUCUGUGUUUUAUGUUGAAUCCUGGAACUCACAUUCUUUUGGAGACUAUCUUUUUGUAAGGUCAGAGUUUAAGUGCUGAAGAAAUUUAUAUACCAAAGGCCACCUCUCUAGUCCUUCAAGUGCAAUGAAAAUAAAACACACUUAAUUUUGAAUAUGUGAAUUUAACAGGGAUUAAAAAGGCAGAGGUUGACAAAUUAACAGUAUUUUUUCUGUUUUGUAAAAAGUAUAUUUUGUGUGAUUCUAAUUUAAAGCUCACUUUUAAUAGUAUAUUACUGUGAAGUCCUUCCUUAGUGUUACACUUGAUGUAAAUAAUGAAUAAAGAAAACUGUUGAAACAUA